GGGGGCGAGAGCGGGCUGAGGGGGGAAGAUGGCGCUGCCGCCGCAGCUGAGGGAGAAGGGAGGCGGCGGCGGCCGCCGCCGCCGGCAUGCGAGGGGCUCUGAGGAGCCCCUCCGCUUUGUCGAGGGCUCCAUCGUCAGGAUCUUCAUGGAGAACUUUCUAACAUAUGACAUCUGUGAAGUACAUCCAGGGCCCAAUCUGAACAUGAUUGUAGGUGCUAAUGGAACAGGGAAGUCAAGCAUUGUUUGUGCCAUCUGCCUGGGACUGGCUGGAAAACCUUCAUUCAUAGGGCGAGCUGAUAAGGUUGGUCACUUCGUAAAGCGGGGCUGCCUGAAAGGUGUAGUAGAAAUUGAGCUGUCUAAGAUGCCUGACAAUAUCACUAUCACACGUGAGAUUCAAGCGGUGAACAACACAUCAACGUGGUUUAUCAACAGAAAGCCAGCAACCCUGAAAGCAGUAGAAGAGCAGAUUGCAGCCUUAAACAUCCAGGUGGACAACUUGUGCCAGUUUCUUCCUCAGGACAGAGUUGGAGAAUUUGCAAGACUGAGUAAGGUUGAGUUGCUUGAAGCCACCGAAAAAUCCAUCGGUCCUCCAGAAAUGUACGAAUUUCACUGUGAACUGAAAAAAUUCAGGGAGAAGGAAAGAGAACUGGAGAACUUGUGUAAAGACAAAACUAACUCUUUGGAGAGAAUGAUACAGAGGACUGAACGUUACAAACAAGAUAUUGAGAAAUUCCAUGAGCACAAGCGCCAUCUAGACGUAAUUGCAAUGCUUGAGAAGAAGAGGCCUUGGGUGGAAUAUGAAAUUGCUCGUCAGCAGCAUGAGAAAGUGAAAAAAAGCAGAGACCAAGCCAAGGAAGAACUGAAGAAUCUGAAAGAAAUGCAGACCCCUGUGAGAAAAAAAAUCCAAGAAGCUGAAAAAUAUUUUAAGAGUCUGGAUAUGAAAAUCAAAGAUAAGGCUGAUGAAAUCAAAGACAUUUCUCAAAAAUGUAAACAGAUGCAAGAGGCUUUGGAGAUGAAAGAUAAACAGAUUGAAGAAAUUCAUCAAGCUUUGAGAGUGAAAAAAAAUGAGGAAAUGGACAGACAGGUGAAAAUGGACAACAUUCACGAGAUGAUAAAGGAAUGGAAGAAGGAGCUCAAUACGAUGGAAGUCUGUGAAAAUCUUCAGCUGCAAAUUGAUGCUAUUAAUAAGGAGCUGAAAAAAUUACAAGACCAAAGGGCAGAUAUUCAUAGUAGUAUCAGUGAUUUAAAAGCAGGGAAAAUGGACCAAGAGCGGGAAAAGAAAAGAAUAAUUGAUCGCCUUGCACAGAUUAAUAAUAUAAUGAAUAUAAAGGAAGAGAAUCUUAAAGGGAAAUUUGAAGACACACACUCUGCUCUUAUGUGGCUAAGACAAAACAAAGACAAGUUUAAAAAAGGAGUUUUUGAACCCAUGAUGCUUGAGAUCAAUGUGAAAGACAGUAAAUAUGCUAAAUAUCUUGAAAAUCACAUCUCAAGCACUGACAUGAGGGCUUUUGUUUUUGAGAGUCAAGAAGAUAUGGAAAUGUUUCUUGUUCAGAUGCGUGAUGAUCGGAAACUAAAAGUGAAUGCUGUAUGCACGUCUGCUGAAUCAUGUGCUAAACACUUACCUUCGAGACCUAUUGAAGAAUUACAACAAUAUGGAUUUUUCUCAUAUUUACGAGAGUUAUUUGAUGCUCCUCUACCUGUGAUGAGUUAUCUUUGCUCCCAGUACCAUGUUCAUAAUGUCCCUGUGGGAACAAAGAGGACCAGAGACAUGAUUGAAAGGGUGAUACAAGAAACCAAAUUUAAUCAAAUAUACACAGCAGAAGAAAAAUACACAGUUAAAGUAUCAGCUUAUACAAACCUAACCCUCUCUAUUAACACAUACCUGAGGGAGGCACAGUUUCUCAAUAUUUCAGUGGAUAUAGAUGAAAGAAGACAGUUGGAAAACCAGCAACAGGCCAUCAAUGACAAGUUAAACUCAUUGGACAAGCAUUUGAGUACAUUAUUUGAGAGACAGAAACAUCUGGAAGGCAGAGACAAUGAGCUGAGGCAUCAGAAGAAAGAGCUCUUAGAGAGACCAAAAAGGAGGGCACAGUUGGAAUCAAAAAUUCAUGUGAAGUAUGAUAGUUUAAGACAGCUGGAACAAGAUGCUAUUGACCUAGAGAAGGAAUCUCAACUGGCAGGUGUAAAGAUCAAAGAAAUAAACAUACAAAAAGCAAGACUUGUAACUGAAUUAAUGCAGCUCAUAAAGAAUUGCGUAUCACUGAACAUCCUCAAAAUGGAUUUGGUUCUUCAGAGCACUACAGACAUUUCUGAGAAGAACAGACUAGAAUCAGAAUAUAAAGGAGCAACUUUACAGCUAAGAGCUGCAGAGGAAAAAUUUAAUGAACUGGAUGCUAGGAAGCACGCUCUUGCAGAAAACUGCAAGGAAUUGCUGAAAAAAGCUCGGCAGAUCUGCAAACUGAGUCCAGAUCAACAUCUUCCUAUAGAAUUUCAAACUGCUUUUCAGUCUCUUCCUGCCACGUUGGAGGAAAUUGAUGCUUAUCUGAAUGAAGAGAAAACCAGGGCCUCCUGCUUCGCAGGCCUGAGUGUUUCGGUUGAAGAAUACAAUAAACAGACACAAGAAAUACAGCAGUUGACAGAAUACCUAGAGGAAAAGAAAAAUGAAUUGGAUAAUUACAGGCAAAAUAUUUCAGAGGUCAAAGAAAGGUGGCUAAACCCCUUGAAAAAGCUGGUUGAGCAAAUUAAUGUGAAGUUCAGUAACUUCUUUCAUUCUAUGCAAUGUGUUGGUGAAGUUGAUCUUCAUGUGGAAAAUGAGGAGGAGUACGACAAGUACGGGAUUCGCAUUAGAGUCAAAUUCCACAGUAGCUCUGAACUUCAUGAACUGAAUCCAUAUCAUCAGAGUGGAGGCGAGAAGAGUGUUUCCACUAUGUUGUACCUGAUGGCUCUACAGGAACUCAACAGGUGUCCUUUCAGGGUUGUAGAUGAAAUAAAUCAGGGAAUGGAUCCAAUGAAUGAAAGAAGAGUUUUUGAAAUGGUUGUGAAAACUGCUUCUAAAGAAAACACAUCUCAGUACUUCCUUAUUACACCAAAGCUCCUGCAGAACCUCAAUUACAGUGACAAAAUGACAGUAUUGUUUGUCUACAAUGGACCUUUUGCAUUGGAGUCAGACAGAUGGGAUUUAAAGUCUUUCUGUAGGCGGCGGCGGCGACUUGGAAGGAUGGAUGAACACUGAUAUGUCUAGAUAUACAUAUGUCUAAAAAGUAUAUAAUGUUUUUGUAGAACUUUUUGGAACAUCUGGCUUUCAAGACUUCAGAAAUUGUGAAAGAUGAGAACCUGCAAAGAAUCAAUGAUUAAGAACUUUGAUUCCUAAAACUUGUGUUAGAAAUGUUUGAUUUUGAAGUUUGAUUUGAAGUCCAUGAUUUUUUUUCAAAACUUUUGUAGUGGCCUCUUUCUCUAAAGAACCUACUUUUUUUCAAAAGUAAUAAUAAAAUAAAAAGGAAGUUUCUUGUAUUUUGCUAUUUUAUCAGUAAUGUAGCAUUAGAAGUACAGUUAAUUUUUCUAGGUUAUACUGGACUAAUUCUGUGUCUGUUUUUUCUCUCCUCCCCCCCUCCCCCCCAAAAAAAAAAAAAAAAAAAGGAAUUUGCUUUUGGUAAAUAGUGUUCCCCUAACACAGCUAAGGAUGUUGUCCAAACUUUUCUUACUGAAAUGGAAACUUUGAAUGAAUAGUGAUGAUGAUGUGUAGGAAGUGAAUGGUUUGUAAAUAGCUGUGCUUUGAUUUUUGUUUUGUGAAAAUAUACCUGAAGUUACUAUAAAGAAUAUACUAUUGUUAGAGGAAUAUA